GACAAGCAGAAGUGGACUCGUCCGUGGAAAGAGACUCUGGUCUCUGGCUAGGGCAUGCAAACGGAGAAUAGGGAGAGGAUGCGAUUAGCAACAGAGAACUGAGUACAAUUCAAUUGUUGCAUUGUAGCAACUGGAUCUAGAGCUGUCAAAAUAGAACAAACUUUGCAUUUCGACUUCGAGGUACAGUUUUUUCAGUCCGAAAACAACGGCGCCGUUCGACUUGAGUCGCAGAAAAGAGGUCGGCCCACUGCUUGGACCCUUCGUCUUCAGUUCGAGCGAGGAAAAUCGACUUUUCACUCGACAAGAAAGUCGCCAGAGUCGAGAGAAGACGCGGAACUCUAAGAGGUGUCCCACAGUUUAUUUAUAAACACAAAAGGGACGCCUGUAAUGUUUUUAUUGGAAAACCGUAAUCUCUGCCAAUUGAUGUUCGCACUACCAGUCCACUGCAGGAGAAAAGGACACGGGAUAAGAAAUUCAAACCAGCAAACAACGCAAAACUGUUGUUGAACUCAAUCUACAUAGUUUACAUGUGUGCCGUCUUUAAUCUGUAGCAGAAUUGAAUUGAUAUUUUUGGAGCAAAAUGAAGCUUUUGGAAAGUACCAAAUUCGAGGCCGUCAAUUCGGCGUUGAACAUCGAACUUGGAGGAUGCAAAAUUUUUGGAAGGAUUGAAAGCUACUCAUGCAAGUUGGCCGGUGGUGAAAAGCAGAUGUACAAGAGAUUCAACAACACUGAAAACGGAGUCAAGCCCAAUGACCUGCAGGCGCUGUCGCCUCCGCAGACGAUGCUGGCCGUGUCUCCGUACAGCCGAAGCAUCUCUGGUGACGAGGAGAGCCCCCUGUGCGACACAAUCAGUCGCAAGACGCUCUUCUACCUGAUUGCCACACUGAAUGCUGCGUUCUACCCUGACUACGACUUUUCCGACACCAGCAGUCACGAGUUCAGCAAGGAGCCGAGCCUCCAGUGGGUGAGGAACUCAGUGGACAACAAUCUGCAGAUGGCUGGACCACAGUACCAAGCGGUCCGACCUGACUUGUGGGCCACCAUGGACGAGGAGAUCACCCUGAACGAAUGCGACAUCUACAGUUACAACCCUGAUUUGGCCUCUGACCCAUUUGGUGAGGAAGGAAGCCUCUGGUCUUUCAAUUACUUCUUCUACAACAAGAAGCUGAAGCGUGUCGUAUUCUUCACCUGUAGGGCUGUCAAUCCGAAUUGGGCCUCCUACCAGGACUCUGGAGUCGGUUCGUCCUGCUUCUCUGCCAUGGAAGAGGACGAUGACGAAAUUUAAAUGGAUUGAGAUGCAGAGCCAGACUGAUUUUUACAAUAUCAACAAAAUCUAUGAAAUGAUGAUGAUUUUAAAGCAAGGUUACCCACAAAGGGUAUCUUAAAAGCUAGAGCAUAGUUGGUUGGCUGGCUGUGUCUCUUUGGCGUGUUCUUUGAGAUAAUUUUCUCUAAUCUUUCUUUCACAUAAUGGUAGUUUAUUUACACAGCCAGUGUAUUUAACUUCCGCUUUUAAAAUGGCACAGACCCAAAAGGUCCUGCUGAGCCAGUCUUGAUGAACGCGCGCGAUUUUCAGUUGAUAUUGAGUAGAAAGAGGCUCUUUUGAUAUAAUCGUCCCAUGGUCCAUUUAGUUUUACAAGCAUUCUUGUAGAAAAAGAUACUUUAUUUCUUCAAAUAUCUGUAACCUCUAACAUAAUUUUGCAAAGAUUAGUCAUUUUUGUUGAGCUUGUACUUAGGAACAGCGCUCAAAAUUAAUUUAGCUCUGUACAUACACAAUCUAACUUUUUAUGUUGAAUUUUAAUAAUAUUUAUUUAGUUAAAAACAAGCAAAAUAAUAGCAUUACCGUUGGUACAGUAUAAUAUUGCCAAUCUUUCCUGAUCAAAUAUAUAUUUUCUUGAGCUUGUUAUUGGAGAAUUGCUAAAAAUCAAUAAUUUCCUCUGCAGUUUGAAUUGGUCAAAAAUGUUCAGCCUGAAGAGAAUAAUUAUGAAAGUUUGUUGAUAAGAAUCUUGAGUAAACGAGAAAAGAGUAAUGACGGAAUGUCUCGUUUACGCCAUUGUAUGUUUUAGCACAACUGUUGAGACUGCUCUAAGAGUAAUCACAAUAUAUAUAUUGUACAUAGAGAAGGUUUUAUUUAAAAUUUCGUAGAUUUAUCUUCAACAGUACAAACUAGCAUGCGAAGAUUUGCUUAUAUAUCAAAUGGAAGGGUUUUAACAACAUAUUGAUAUAAAACAGCUGUAUUUUUAUUUUCAAACUUCCUUUCAAAGGAGCAGUCCUUUCUGUAAGUGCGAAUUUUAUUGUUAACUUUAAACUAUAAGAUAUUUACAAUAAUAAUUACUUCAUCUUUAUUGUACAAUCCAAUUGUGUGAAUAGUUAUCACAGUCAGAUCUCUUUUAAUUGGGUAGUGAUUGUAAAAUUAAAACUAAAGAUUUAUGUGUGUAUAGAAAUAAAUAAUAUAUUAAUUCACCACUUAACAAAAUCUUUCAAAGCAACAAGUACAGAAUUAAAUGAUUUUGUUUGUAGAAAUUGUUAACAUCCUAAUAAAGGUCUGAAAACAUA